ACUCCAGAAAAACAAUGAAUCCGUUCUUGGAUCUUCUCCUAUUUUUGGCUACGCUCAUCUACUCCUACUUAGAGGCUUUUGUGAAGCUUUUUGUUCCUGUGAAGAGAAAGUCUGUCAGUGGAGAGCUUGUUCUCAUCACAGGUGCUGGCCAUGGCCUUGGGAGAGCAACUGCCUUGGAGUUCGCCAAGCGAAAAAGCAGACUGGUUCUGUGGGACAUCAAUAAGCACGGCCUUGAGGACACAGCAGCAGAGUGUGAAAGGCUGGGAGCCACUGUUCAAGCCUUUGUGGUGGACUGCAGCAAAAGAGAGGAAAUCUACAGCACUGCAGACAAGGUGAAAAAGGACAUUGGGGAUGUCUCCAUCCUGGUGAAUAAUGCUGGUGUGAUUACAGCUGCUGACCUGCUUUCGACUCAGGACCACCAGAUUGAAAGAAUGUUUGAAGUCAACAUUCUUGCUCACAUGUGGACCACAAGAGCUUUUCUGCCAGCCAUGAUGAACAACAACCACGGUCACAUUGUCACGGUGGCUUCGGCAGCAGGACAUUUUGUGACUUCUUUCAUGGUGGCUUAUUGUUCAAGCAAGUUUGCUGCCGUUGGAUUUCACAAAGCUCUGACAGAGGAGCUGUCUACCCUGGGAAAGGAUGGAAUCAAAACUUCGUGUCUUUGUCCAGUGUUCAUAAACACGGGAUUUGUCAAAAACCCCAGUAUGAGGCUUGGAAAGAUUUUGGAGAUUGAAGAAGUUGUGCAGGCCCUGAUGGAAGGAAUACUGACCAACCAGAAAAUGAUUUUUGUUC